CAGUUAAACAAUUGAUGUGCCUGUAUUCUGUGUCCCGAGUCUUCUUGUAAGCGACGCUAGCUGAAACAACAUGGUGCAAAGGCUGGCCUUCAAAUUAUUUCUCUAUGUCGGUUGUUUGACUUUGUUAGAAGGUAAUUGUUGGUCUUGUAAAAGACGGGCAUACAGCAUAAAAAAGUUUUUUUCUACGACAGAGCCAAUAUGGACGUACACUACCUCUGGAAGGACCAAUAUAAGGUGUUUAGUGGACCAAGUUAACGUAAUGGAGCAGAGUUCCGUAAUCUUCACACGAUCUUGUUACAACCAGGGAAUUAAGUUGUCUAGAAUAUUUCUCGGAACCUUCAAGAAGGAUCGAAAAAAACACAUGGACGUGAAGCCUCAAGGCAAGGGCAUCCACUUUCAAGAGGAUCUACUUUAUAUGAGCGACGACGAAAGCUGUGCGGUGAUUGUGGUCACGACAAAGUUUUGCGCCAAACAUCUCACGUAUGACCUGCGAGUUAGGAAUUCCCACAUUAAACACCCGCCGCAUCCUAAAUGCGUCGAGGAAUACCGGAGGUACGAGAGGCAUGGAAAAAUUUUAUAUGACUCAAGCUGUCAAAAUAUACUUGCAAGAAAGGGAGAGUCGGGGCUUUACGAACCACAACAGGAUCGCUGUGGAAAUCGCACUCACUCUAGCUCGUUUUCUCGACCUCCAUAACAGUCAUAAAUGCUGCUGUGAAA